CGCUGGAGCAUUCCAGGUGAUACGCUUUUGCUUAUUCCUAACUGUUGCUAGAGUGUUUUUGCUCCGGUUUACUUUUCAAGGCAGGGUGCUCACUCCAACACCUUACAUUUUAAGUGUUAUAUCGUCUAACUGUAUCUGAAUCACUAAACAGACUCGCGUGUCCUAAUAAGGUGGAGAAAAGAAGUCUCAAUGAAAUUUUCAAGCAGUGACUUAUAUUACGCUUCCUUUUCAUCUUGAAUUAGGGUUGUUGGGACACUGUUCACUCGUGAUCGUUUUCUAGUAUCACACACGACUAUACGUUUGUCCAUCUAUCCAUUUAAGAUGACUACUUCAAGCCCAUUUUCGGGGGCGUUUUCGAUCUAAAGACCGCGCCAGAGGAUUCGUACACGAAGUUUCGCAGUGUCGUCAAAGAAAAGUUUUGCGAGGGUAACGACAAAAAGCCUUGGAAAUGCUGUUCCCCCGACGGCUCUAGAGCAGACUGUGAGAAGGUUCCGGACAAUGCCAAGAAUUUGAUGAAUACAUUGAUAGAUCCAUUACAAGGCAUGCCGAUAAUUUUUCUCUAUCAGUGGUGCACAAUGGGGUGGGCAAAGUAUGACGAAAUGACCGAUGCAAGCAGGAAAACGGACCUACGUUCAAAAUUGGAAGCCACUUGCCCCGACCCGUGUCUUGGGAAUCCAUGUCGCAGAAUCCCUUUGGUGAACAACACAAAAAUCUGUGAGGUGACUGGUUCAUUUGAGAACGACUUUAAAUGCGACUGUGAAUCGAUGGCCGAGUGGGAUCCACAUCUUCUGACCUGUCGACCGAAGAACCCUUGCUUAAACGAUAAAUAUCCGCCUUGUGUGUCAAACAACACCUUACGUUGUGUUGCUACAGAUGACGCCAAAGUCAAGUGUCUGUGCAAGUCGGAGUAUAUGGGGGAGGAUUGUUCCCUUGAGAGGAAUGCUUGCUUUGAGCGACUAAACAAGUCCCAAACAACAGGUAAUGAGAACUGUCGUGUAAAUUUGGGCAAUGAAUGUCAUGGGGUUCUCGGAACUGAUUCAUACAACUGUACUUGUCAAUAUGGUUAUGAACCUCUUCUUGAACUACCCGAAGACAAUUGUUUCGCCCGACGUGAUCCGUGUCAAACAUUUUACUCCAUUCCUUCCUUGAAUAAAAAUGCCAUCGAUCUGUCUAAGGACGAGGGCCCUGUCAUAACGGAAAGUGAGGACUGGGCAGAAGUUCUUAAUGGGUCAAACCCAAAAUCCUAUAUCGUACACCGUGGUGUAACAUGUAUGAAUGGUGGGCAGUGCAUUACUUCAGCAGACAUGUCGCGUGCAAUAUGUCUUUGUCCAACGGCGUUGGAUGGUUCUCCAUUAUUUUCGGGUAAGUAG